AUGACUUCAAUCAAAAUCAGCUCAGUCGACGUCAAAUUUCUCGACUCUGUCAAUCAGAACAUCCCUCCACUGAACCAAAGGACGACCGAACUUCCACCGGGUCACAGAAAGCAACCAACAUUCCGCCCGUUUACAACAACGACCAUCUUCGACCAAGACCAAGCCCUUACGCUUAGAGAUGGAACGGUGAUCUAUGCCGACGUAUUCCGUCCCAAAACUGACGAGAAGGUUCCUGCAAUCGUCAUGUGGGGCCCAUAUAGCAAGACUGGAACGGGAAUGCUAAACAUUCAUGGCAUGCCACUGCGAGCCGGUAUACCAGAGCCCCAGCUAUCAGGCUACGAAGGCUUCGAAGGUCUCGAUCCUGCAGAAUGGGUACCGCGUGGCUACGCCAUCGUCAUGAUAGACCCAAGAGGCGUGAACAACUCCGGGGGCAACAUCCACUUCUGGGGCAGCACCGAAGGCCGCGACGGCCACGACGCCAUCGAAGAGCUCGCCAAGCUCCCUUGGUGCUCUGGCAAACUAGGCUUAUCAGGCAACUCCUGGCUCGCAAUAUCCCAGUGGUUUAUCGCGGCUGAGCAGCCACCACAUUUGGUAUGUAUUGCGCCUUUGGAGGGCUUAUCGGAUCCUCUGCGCGAGCAGUCGCUACGUGGAGGUAUUCCGAACACGGGGUUCAACGAAUGGGUUGCUACUAUGUUGGCGGGGAAGAACAUGGUGGAGGACUAUGCUGCAAUGGCCCAUAUGAAUCCUGUGCCUAAGGGAUAUCUCGACGAUAAGCGUGUGGAUAUGGCGAGGAUCAAGGUGCCUGUUUAUAUCGGGGCCAGCUAUUCCUCGACUCUCCAUACCAUCGGCGCCCUACGAGCUUUCGAGGAGAUGCAGCAUCCAGAUAAAUGUCCAAGCCGCACCGCAGACCUCGCCCGGUUCUUCGACUUCCACCUCAAAGGCCUUUCCAACAACUGGCCGCAGACAGCACCCGUCCGCAUGGCCUUUUUGAACUUCACCAAACCAGUUCUGUUAGACCAAGAAUACACCGAUCUACCAUGGCACCUCCCCACUACGACGGUCCAGAAACUGCAUCUCGGUCCCACCGGCACCCUCACCCCAACCGCACCCCUCUCAAAAACCACAAUCGACUAUCAAGCCGACUCCUCCUCCGAACUAACCUUCACAUACACCUUCCCGAGCAAAACCAUACUAACCGGUCCCUCCACCCUCGUCCUCUCCAUCGCAACACAGGAUCACAACGACCUAGACAUCCACGCCCACAUCUUCAAAGCCUCUGCAUCGGGUACCAUGCUUUCUCACCUAAACAUUCCCAUCCCGGACAACACACCCUCUGAAGUCGCGGAGAAAAUGACGCAAAAUAGGGUCUGGCGGUACCUCGGUCCCAGCGGCAUGUUGCGCGCGUCUAAACGCCAUGUGUCGGACGCGCUGCGGGGCAAGACGUGGGAAACGCUGUCGAUGGAGCGCGAGGACAAAGUUGCGCCGGGGGAGGUGGUUAGGUUGCGUGUCCAGCUUUGGCCGACGGGUAUGGUGUUUGAGGCUGGGGAGAUGAUGGUGCUGAAGGUUAGCGGGCGGGAAAUGGGGUUGAGGGAUCUUCCUGGGGCCAUGGAGAUGAGGAAUGAGAAUAUAGGGAAGCAUGUGAUACAUGUUGGUGGGGAGAUGGAGGGGUAUCUUGAGUUCUUCACGCUUUGA